AUCAUAACUUCCCCCUCAUCUUGCUGCCCACCAUGUCAACAAACGAGGUGGCCUAUGUAGAGCACAAUGACCCGACGCUCCAGUCCAUCCUCGACCAGCACACCCUAAAGUGGAUCUUUUGCGGCGGAAAGGGUGGUGUAGGCAAGACGACGACAUCGUGCUCCCUCGCCAUCCAACUGGCAAAGGUACGCCCCUCUGUCCUCCUCAUAUCAACGGACCCGGCACAUAACCUGAGUGAUGCAUUUGGGCAGAAGUUUGGAAAAGAGGCGACGAGGGUCAAUGGGUUUGGGAAUCUGAGCGCCAUGGAGAUUGACCCGGCGAGUAGUAUUCAGGAAAUGAUGGAGCAGAGCGAUCAGCAGGGCGGGGCAAUGUCGGGCAUGAUGAGCGAUCUGGCCUUUGCCAUCCCAGGAGUCGAUGAGGCAAUGGGCUUCGCCGAGAUCAUGAAGCACGUCAAGAGCAUGGAAUACUCAGUCAUCGUCUUCGAUACGGCCCCGACGGGCCAUACGCUCCGCUUCCUCUCCUUCCCCACCGUCCUCGAAAAGGCCCUCGCCAAGUUUUCAACGCUUGGACGCUCAUUCGGCCCGAUGCUCAAUCAGAUGACGAGCAUGAUGGGCGGUGGAGGCUCAAGUCAGGAGGACAUGUUUGCCAAGUUGGAGAGUAUGCGGGCGGUGAUCAAUGAGGUCAACACGCAGUUCAAGGACCCGGAGAAGACUACAUUUGUCUGCGUCUGCAUCUCUGAAUUUCUGUCCGUCUACGAGACGGAGCGACUGGUGCAAGAGCUCACCACGUACGAGAUCGACACGCACGCCAUCGUCUGCAAUCAGCUCCUCUAUCCGCCCAAGAACUCCGACUGCCAACACUGCAAGGUUCGCCAGGCGAUGCAGGCAAAGUACCUCGACUCCAUCGUCGAGCUCUACGGCGAAGACUUCCACAUCGUAAAGGUACCCCUCGAGACGUCCGAGGUGAGAGGAGUGGAGAGGUUGAAGGAGUUCUCGAGGUAUCUCGUCGAGCCGUUCAAGCCGCCGCAAUGA